UCCAGAUCAUUUAUUAGCACAUUCUGGUCACAGCAGCUUCUUCAUGUCCAUUGUUGGCCACUGCGACGACCAAACUGUUAUAACCUAUACACUAUGCACCGAAUUUCAAAAUUCGUGUUUGUAUCACUGGCAGCCUCAUUUGGGGUAAACGCCUUCGGUACCUCUAUCUUCGUUUUUGACGAAGAUCAACAACACCAUGCUAAAGGGUUAAUUUUAUCGGAGAAUACAGCUGGACUUUUAUUGGAGCAUCGAAUGAAGACCCCAGACAGCUUAUUUCUUGGAUCUUCUGAUGAUGAGACUGCAGAAUGCCUUGACCAAUUUGGGGGGGAACGGUCGUUAUUAUUUGGCAUCCCUGGAAGGAGAAAAUCCCCACAGAAGAGCCUCAUCAUACUAGAAGGAAUAGAUGAUCAUUUCUUCUCUUUAGUCCAAGACAGUUACCCAAAUAUCCGCGUUGGCUCACAUUUGUCUAUGCCAUUUAUAGAUGAUGAUUUUCUGGCAUCUCUUCUGGAACUGGACUUUGAAGCAACGCAGUGUGCAAUACAUUCCAAGAAUGUAACAAAUGGCCCUGGGGAGUUUCGGGCUGCUGUGAAAUGUCUUUCUCGGGGUUCUUUUGCCAAAGAAGCUCCUUUCUUUAGUGACGACCUCCUCGCCCAUGUCGAUUCUAUGGAGUAUUUGGCUAGAGUGAAUAUGCCCAGGGCUGUGUUAAGAGUUCGCUUCAAAGUAGGGAGUGAAGGUGGUCAUCUUGUGCCUUACCUUAAGCGCCUCUUUCAGCACCUAGCUACAGCUGCUUUGGAGGAUAAUCGACAAGUAACCGUAGUUCUGUCUCAGAACCUACCAAAGUCUCAACAGCCUGGACGAGUUCUAUAUUCCCGUGAUUAUGCAGAGGAGAAAUUCCUAUCAAAGUCACUUAGCCACAUAUCUGAAGGGAAGGGAUCUCAUAAUUCACGCAAAGUUGAGCAACGGGUGUCUGUACCGUCAGCUCUGGUGCCCGUCUGCUAUACCUCGAAUGUCACAUGUAUUGAGGCAACGAACAACUGUUCGGGGCACGGUUUCUGCUACAACAAGCACGCAUCGAAAAAUGAAGGAGCUUCAGGAGACUGUUUUGCAUGCAAAUGCGUUGAAACUCUUGUCAGGAAGGAGGAUGGCAGGAUUCAUAGAAUUAACUGGGUCGGAUCUACCUGUCAGAAAAGAGACGUCAGUUCCCCCUUCUUCCUGCUUAUGGGCAUUACGGCCAUGGUCAUGGUGGCAGCUAUUACUGCCAUUCGUCUUUUGUUUAGCAUAGGCCAGGAUGAGCUGCCUACCGUGAUUGGCGCCGGGGUUGGGGCCAUUAGAACGCAAAAGUGAGCGAUCGUCUCAUAACCCAAUUUAAGUGUAUAUAUACAUCGCUUAUUGCAGGGCAACCCAGUGUGAGAGUUAGCUUUUUUUGGCGCAAUACUUUCUGCAUCUUCAACGGAGUUUUCAUAACUAUGGAGGCAGGAUGGCCCGAGAGCAGCGUAAGUUCUGCUCCAUUCCCGUCCCACUCAGCCUGUUAGAUUGCCCACACCAUUAUGGCCGUGUGGAAGAUAACGACAUAACCAGCACCCUAACGUCCAGUAUUGCCCUGGGUUAUUAGAAGUCUUACGAUAUACACUUCAAUAAAUGCUCAUCCAGCUACCCAAGAUGGAAUCUGCAUGCAUAGAUGUCCCAAUGAGGGGUUAACCGAUAAGAGACAAGGAGUGAAAGAUAGAUGUAGGACAUAUAUCAUACCGCAUAUCCAACUUUAAUCUACUGGCUUUCUGGGAUGUGACGCAAUAGCGGCUCGGGGUCUUGGCUCAUUGCGGCCAGAAACCAUUCAGAGAACCUGAGCAAAGAACCGAAAGGAUACGUGGAGAGAUAGGGAACCAGCAGCCGUGGAAAUGAUUCAACUGCUGGUUUUCGCAGGCCAUGGGAAUCAUGGUGAUUGUCAUCUCGCAUAUUCCAUGGCUGUUGCCUUUCUGAGCGCCCACCCUUUCCUCUGAAGCAGUCCUUCGCAAAGGCCGUACAAGUAGAAGCAUGCUUGGGCGAGAUAUGUUGGGUCGAUUUCCUAGGAAAAUAGCUCAAGAUCAACGCAUGAGACAUGAAAAGCACAUCCACAUACAAGCCCUUGCAUGGUAUCAUUUUCAAUUGAAUCAAUUGACUGCGCAUGCAUGCUAGACUCGAUAAGAGCUCAACACGGACAGCAGUACACCGAUAAGUGACCCUCAACACCACCUCUUGGUGGUGAGACGGGCAUAUUUUGAGAUCGGCCGCGAGGUUGCUUCAUUUCAGGAUCGCCGGCACAAACGGCUAGUUGGGGAACAGCGCUAGGUAAUAAUGAUAAGCGAUUGACCGCCCUCUCGUCUGGAUGGAUCAACAUAGUCUCGGUGUUUUUGACUACUGCUAGUCAAAUGGGGUCAACUGGAACUAAACCUCCUUGACCUUUACCGGUAGGGGUGAUUUUGUCGGCGGCGCACUGGUAAGGCUUGUGGAUGGGGAAUCACUUGGAUCGUUGAGGCUAUGUGACUCACGUUUUGUUACUGCAAUACCAAUUGAUGGGAGAUUAUCAUCCUCCCAGGACCUCACGCUUUAUAUUUUGUAAGCGGGAGCUGGUGAUCAACUUCAUCCAUAGUCAUCAACUUCUCCCUAUAUCAUCAAUGCGGGUUUCUUAGACAGACCAUAAGAUUGUAAAAAUUAUGCCGAACCCAAUAGCAACGAAAAACAAAAGAGGUGGAUUUGUCCUUUUGUUAGAGUUGGCACUACCAUUGGCACCGGUUGUUGUAUCAGUUACAGAAGUUGGUGUGGGAGAUGGCAUCUUGGAAUGGUUGGAGAAAACAUCUAGCUAUGCAUGGACCAACAGCAAGCGCCAGCCAAUAUCUA